CUUUUUUUCAAAAAGACGCGGGAUUCCAGCUGGUGAAGGGGAGGUCCUGCCCCGUGGGAAGAGCCGGGCACUACUCAGUUCUCUUUCUGCCAUUUCCCUGCCCUUAUCAUCUCUAUAUUAAACAAAGAGAAGAUUUUAACAUCACUCUGCAGACUGAACCAGGGCUCACACUUGCUAGGCAAGCAUCCUGCCACUAAACUAAAUUCCCAACCCAACUUGAACCAUUUUGAAGUUUGUGUUUCAGUUGAACCCCUGUUUCAUCUCAAAGUCACCAUGAGCUCUAAGAAGCGCAGAUCACAGAAGAUCCCGUUCAAUGCAAGGAAGAAUGCAAAAAUCAAUGACUAUUUCUUUCAGGUCCCCAAAGAAGAACAGAAUGAUUCCGAUAUUUCUCAAGCAAAAGUGGACUCCAGAAAAAGACCAAGAGGUAUAACCGACACCCAGGAUUGCAGAGCCAAGAAAAUCCGACAAGAUCAGACUCCUCCCCUAAAUAAGACAAUUACAGUCACCUUGGAUGUGAACCGCAGGAAAAACAAAAACAUGAAACAUAACCACACACAUGGAGAGACAAGUAGCUUAUAUGCAGCACUCAACACUCUUGAUGCUGUCAAAGAAGAGAUAAAAAGACAACAAGGCAAAGAAAUGCUGGUGCGCGGCAUAGAAGGAAUCGAAGGGUACAUAAACCUUGGCAUGCCCCUCUGCUGUUUUCCAGAAGGCAGCCACGUGGCCAUUACAUUUUCUCAACGUAAAAGUGAGCCAGAAGAAAAUAAACGGUCGUUUGAACCACAGAACCUAGCAUCUACCAGUUAUGUCCGAUUUUACAUUCAUGCAAUUGGGAGUAAGAGGAAAAGGAUUCUGAAGUGUGGAGAACUUCACAAACAGGGCAACAAACUCUGUGUCUAUGGCAUCAAAGGAGAGAGCAUCAAGGACACUCUGAUGAAGGAUGGUAGGUUUUACUCCUUUGUGGAGAGUGACCAUUGGAAACUCAUUAGUGACCUGGACACCGUCAUAGAAAACACCCAGCCAGUUGAUGAGUUAGAGGGCAAGCUCCUGCAGGUUGAGACUGAACUAACAAAGAACCCGAAGGUAGUGUCUGUCACUCACAAUUCUGAGUUAGAGGACAGAAAAUUUCAUGAGGUAGACGAACACAUUGUGGAUGAGUACCCCACACUGAAAGAACAACGAGAAAAAUUCAGAGCAUAUAUCAAAGAAGAAAGCGAAAAAAGAAAGAAGAAAUUUUCCUUAUUCAAAAUGCAUAAAGAAAACUUUGGGAAACUGACAAAAAAUUCUACUUCUGUUAAACUGCUCAAACAUCUUUCACAUGUCAGUGACUCAGUUGGGUACCUGCGGUGGAACAAUAAUGGAAAUGAAGGCAGUGCCACGUGCUUUGUUUUUAAAGGAUUGUAUAUUAUCACUUGUCGGCAUGUGAUAACUGGCAUUGUGGGGGAAGGCAUAGAUCCAAGUCAGUGGGCAAGCAUAAUUAGUCAGUGUGUAAAGGUGACCUUUGAUUAUGAAGAAUUCCCACCAAGAGAAGACAGUGCUUUUAAUGUUAAACCUUGGUUUGAGAUAUCUAAUAAAACCCUUGACUAUGCUGUCCUGGAACUCAAGGAAAAUGGAGGACGCGUACCUGCCGGACUAUAUAAUGGAAUAGGACCUGCGCCACUUAAUGGGUUGAUUUAUAUCAUUGGCCAUCCAGAUGGAGAAAAGAAGUCUACUGAUGCUUGUACAGUGGUCCCUAAAGAUAAUCGAGGAAGAAAAUGUGAGGAAAAUGUUCGAGAAAGAGAGGCAGCAGGCUGCCGUUUCUCUAUGCCUUUUGUCCUUAUGUUCACCCAAAGAAGUUUCCAGGAAAUGCUUCACAGCUCUCAUGUGGUUACCUAUGACACCACAUUUUUUGGCGGGUCUUCUGGAUCCCCAGUGUUUGAUUCUUAUGGUUCAUUGGUGGCCAUGCAUGCUGCUGGCUUCACUUGUAAGUACCAAAGUGGAGUUUCCAAUAUCAUUGAGUUUGGUUCUUCUAUGGAAUCCAUUCUUGAUGAUAUUAAGCAAAAUGAACAUUGGUAUAAUAUAAUUUUUGGAAAUUGUCAGGAUGAAGAAAUGUGGAGCCAAUAGUCCUAAGGACUGGAGAGGAUUUCAUCUGUUUUCCAACUUUAAGGGAACUGCCCAUGAUGUUGUUAUUCUGCAGACAAUAAUGUUUUAUGAACUUUAAAAAUGAUUGAUUUAACAACAACAACAACAAAAAAUGAAUGUUCUAGAUUACUUCCUGUGUACUAGGCAUUUCUUUUCAAAGUUCACGAACAUCAGCAACAACAACAACAACACACAAACAUUUGAGUUGACUGUUUAACAUGAAAAAGAAGAUGAAGUAUGACUCAGGUCUCAGGAGACUUAGUGUCAGGAGAUGCAAAGAUCUGAAAAAGUACAGAUCAUGGAACUGGACUUGUGGACCAAAGAGAGUGAGGGAAAAGGAGCCUUUGGUUCUCCUGGCAAGUUGAACCUAUUUCAAAGGCACGGCUUUAUUUGGUUCUACCUGUACCUUCCUUCUCUGCCGACCAGAGCUCAGCCAGGUCACUGAGUCACAGGUUUUUCAGCCCUGAGAGGUCCCUGAAAUCACUUGCCUUUCUUCCGCUCUGGCUUUCUGGCUUAAGACUUGAGUCUGGAAUGAACCCGCAAGGAAUGGUGUGGAAGUCAUUGAGCAGGCAAGGGAACUGGUCUCUGCCAUACAAUGUGGCCACCUGGGAGUUCCUGGACUUGAGUUAUGGAGAGCAAACCCUGGAAGAGAUGGUUUCUACGUCACGGGAUUCACCAUGGAAUAGGCCAGGAGGAUGCUGCAUAGCCUAGAACAGUUCUCAGCAGUGACACUCAAGUCCCACUCCUUGGAAGAGAAAGGAAGGCGUGGUCAGGAAGCAUGGUGACACACACCUUUAAUCCCAGGAAGUGAUGGCAGGAAGCAGAAAGGUAUAUAAGGCGUGAGGACCAGGAACUAGAGCUGGUUAAGCUUUUAGGCUUUCAGCAGCAGUUCAGCUGAGAUCCAUUCAGGUGAGGACUCAGAGGCUUCCAGUUUGAGGAAAGAGGAUCAGCUGAGAAGUUGUCAAGGUGAGGUAGCUGUGGCCUGUUCUGUUUCUCUGAUCUUGCAGCAUUCACCCCAAUAUCUGGCUCCUGGGUUUGUUUUUAUUAAUAAGACCUUUUAAGAUUCGUGCUACAUCUGGCGCCCAACUUGUCCGGUACUAAUUCUUGAAAAAGCUACUUGCCUGUGGCCUUGCUGGCCCCAGCUCAGACCCAAGCUACACGUUCCUGGUUGUGGUGGUGCACACUGGUAGGAUUUGCUGAAGGAAGCAGAGGCAGGAGGAUCCCGAGUUUGAGGCCAGCCUUGGAGGCUUGCUAAGGAGAAACUGCGGGCAGGGCCAAGCCACAAAUGGUGGCAGUGGGACCAUGGAGGCAGCAGCUGCUGCUCCAAGUUGCUGGCUCCUUCUCUUCAUGUUGGUGAUCGCGGUGAUGCUGCUGCCUGGGAUGAAGGGUUUACUGCUGCUUGUUCAGAGAACAGUUGCCAGGACCAUCGUGUUACAAGAAAGCAUCGGCAAAGGUCAGUUUGGAAAAGUUUGGCAAGGCAAGUGGUGGGAGUAAUUGCUGUGAAGAUAUUUUCUUCUAGGGAAGAACGUUCAUGGUUCCCAAAAACAGAUAUUUAUCAGACUGUGAUUGCU